AUCCAUGAUGGCUAUUCUGCAGGUUUUCUUCUCGCGUUCGCUCUCUCUCUCUCUGGCCUCUUCCUCCCUCGUUCUCUCUCUCGUUUUCUCACUUCCUCGCUUCCUCAAUCGACUGGUCCUUCUGUGCCGUGUUUUGCCCCUCUUUGCCCACCCACAACGACGGAAGAGGAUCGAAUGCCGACACAUCUACGGAAAACGUACUGAGUAACAAUGGUGGGCUUGACGGGCCGGAUAUUGUUCGAGAGUCGAGCCUAACCAUCCACGUGGGCCAUGCAUGGACCAUUGGCCCACCUGCACACCCGCUGAAUUGAAAUUGAACAGAG